GAGAGAGAGAAAGUGAGGCAGGGCGAGAGUGUGUGUGUGUGUGUGUGAUUGUGUCUGUCUGUGUGCGUGGAGAGAAAAGGGGGCUAGAGCGCACUCCAGGUUGGCGCAGGCACCGGUCCGGGAGAAAGGAGCGUUGUGUGCACGGUUGCCGGCAGCAUGGCUUCGUCUCACGGGAGAAGCGACCUGCGCUUCGCCGACUGGAUGGCAAGUUUACCGCAGAGCAUGCACACCAUCCCGCUCACCAACCUGGCGAUCCCCGGUUCCCACGAUUCCUUCAGCUUCUACAUCGAUGAGGCGUCUCCAGUGGGCCCCGAGCAGCCGGAGACGGUGCAGAACUUUGUUUCUGUUUUUGGCACAGUUGCCAAGAAGCUAAUGAGGAAGUGGCUGGCUACGCAGACGAUGAACUUCAAUAGCCAACUGGAGGCUGGGAUCCGCUUCUUUGACCUGCGCAUCUCCACUAAGCCCCGUGACCCUGACAAUGAGCUGUUCUUCGCCCACGGGCUCUUCAGCGCCACGGUCAGAGAAGGCCUAGAGCAGAUCAGCAGUUUCCUGUCAGCUCAUGCCAGAGAGGUCGUGUUCCUGGACUUCAACCACUUCUACGGCGUGCAGAACCUGCACCAUGAAAAACUGGUUGCCAUGUUAAAAGAGGUGUUCGGAGACAAACUCUGCCCUGUUGUUUUCGCUCAGGAGGUGACUCUGCAGUAUCUGUGGGAGAAAGAGUACCAGGUGCUGGUCUUCUACCACCACCCCAUGGCCCUGGAGGUGCCCUUCUUGUGGCCAGGCCAGAUGAUGCCCUCUCCCUGGGCCAACACCACCGACCCAGAAAAGCUGGUUCAAUUUCUGCAGGCAUCUGUCACUGACCGCAGGAGGAAGGGGACGUUCUUUGUCUCCCAGGUGGUUCUGACACCAAAGGCGAGCACUGUGAUGAAGGGUGUGGCCAGUGGGCUGAGGGAGACAAUUACAGAAAGGGCGUUGCCAGGCAUGAUGCAGUGGAUCAGAUCACAAAGGCCGGGGGAGAGUGGCAUCAACAUCAUCACGGCCGAUUUUGUGGAGCUGGGAGAAUUCAUCAGCGCAGUCAUCACCCUCAACUAUCACCUGGAUGAAGACGACGACGAUGACGCCACCUGAGAGCCCACGACGGGGGCGUUCAGGGGAGCGUAGUCACCGCCGCUUACCGCUAGUGGUUUGAGUCUGUGCUCUCACUCUUUUCCCUUUGGCAUUUAUUUCAGGAGGGGAGCUGCACUGCUCCUUUCACUUUAUUUAGGGCUAUAGUGAAUUGAGAGGUCACGUGGAAAAAAGGGGGUUGAGGAAAAGGCAAGUUGAGAUUGGUAGGAACACUGGUGUGUGGUUGGAGCACUGUGAGAAUGAGGUUUAGUUUUGUUUCCCGUUUUGGAGGAUCAAAAUGUUUAUUUUUUCUCCCCCAAGUGAGAUGUUAGUUUUCCUUACUCACCGUGCUGUAAAAAAAGACACAACUGCUUUUUCCACUGAUCAAAUGCACUGUUUUUAGGCUUAACACUUCACCAAGGGUAGGUCCCUCAGAGCAUAUCAACCAUCUGCUAAGUGUGUUGGUACAUCAAUCUUGGUAUUCUAGUAAUAGUGAGAGUUUUUUUUUUCUUUUAAGAGGCUGUUUUAAAUAAUGUGUAACUCAAAUUGUAGGCUGGCGUAAGUAUCUAGCAGUUGUAUGUCUUGUUUGGAAAAUCUGUCCAAGUGAAAUCUCUCUCUCUCUCUUUUUUUUUUAAACAAUAUGCAUCCCUCAUCAGAUCACUGCAGGUGUUUGCAAAAAAAUGCCUUCAGCAGCUUAAAUGCACAGUCUUGUCAUGAUGUGUUUCUUUACUACAUGGGCAAGAAAUUAACCGUUUUCAGUACUUUGAUGGUUACAAUGACAGUAAUCUCUCAUGAGGGUUUUCAACUAGUAAUAGUCACCACUGAAGUCAAGACAUUUACCAGGUACGUGCGUAGCAUACAAGUGAUUGAUUAAAAUCCUUCUUUCACAAAUUAAAGCCAAGAGAGAGAGAGAGAGAGGUGCAGCAUGACCAGCCAGGGAAAUGUACCAAUU